AUGAACUGGGAGAGUCCCGGACUGAGCGCGCGAGGCCAACUAGAAGAAGUGGGCUUUGACAGGAAAACUCGUGACAUCAAAAAGUUCGACCUCACGUUCAAACGAAGAGACGAAGAGGAAGAGACGAAGAGGAAGAGACGAAGAGGAAGAGACGAAGAGGAAGAGACGAAGAGAAAGAGACGAAGAGGAAGAGACGAAGAGAAGACGAGAAGAGAAGAAGAGACGAGACGAGAGGAACAGAUGUCUGGCUGUCUGUGUUCGGCCUCCGUACGCGGCUCAUUGCUGGUUGACAGCCAUCUCUUCCAAGCGGCCCGGCCUAUCUUCAGCAACAACAGACGCCAUCAUGCCUCUCCAUCACUUGGAAGAUAUGCGUCCACAUCCAACAUUAACAUAGACAGUCUCUCGGAGACGUUGGAAGACCAUAGAUUUAGAAACCGUACAGUAGUACGGAGGGUGGUUCAGUCCAAGGCUAGCACACGCCCGCCGAUUUGGAAAGGCAUACAGGAGACUCCGAUUGACCGUCCCCCAGAGGCCCUGGACCGGAAAUUCCUCGCCGACGCACACCGAGAAUCCCAGAAGUUACAGAAGCUUUCGAAGGACCUGGCGAAACUAAACGGCAGCCAGAUAAAGCAGUUCUACCCCAAUGCCCUGAAGUCAAGCCUUCAGCCGGCUGACACGCCGCAAUCCUCUGCCGCGAAAAAGACCGUCGAGAAACCGAUACAGUAUAAUUGGCUACAGUACGUCGAUGAACAACAGUCGAUGGAUGGCUACCUUCGACUCGGUGACGAGCUUAGGGCGUUUGAACAAUACAUGUCUGAGAUACCGCAGGAGAAAGGCAUGACGGAAAGGACAAUUCUUGGGGUGGAAAACGUCUUGCGGCAGGUCGAGGAUCCCGACCGGCGACUAAGGUUAAUUGGAUCUCGACACACUGGGAUGGCCAUACGGCAUUCCAAUAUCGACCUGAUGAUCCCUAUCGACGACCCGGACGGGUUUCCAAAUAGCGUCCGGGGACCAAGUGCGACUCGUCCGAAAAUCACAACUCUACAAAUGGACCGCCUAACGCAAGUAGCCCGCUUGCUUCGCGCAACGGGAGAUUAUUCCAAUGUCACGGUUGAUAAGGCGCACAUCCCCGUCGUUUCUGCGGAGGACUCUGCUACCGGUCGAAAGGUACGGAUACACUGUGGCAUUAGACCUCCUUCUAGCCUGGAAUACGUCCUAAACUACAAGGCGGAAUUCCCUACCUUGCGGCCAAUAUACAUCGCUAUCCGCAUGAUUCUGGAGACAAGGGGUCUGCUAGGCACUGCCCAGCAAUCCAUCAACCAAUAUGGACUCACGAUGUUGAUUGUCGCGGCACUGAAACUAGGAGAGGGUAGAUUCGACCGUCUUGAUUUGGGAAGGCAAUUCCUGCACGUCCUUCUGUUUUACUCGAUGACUGAUCUCCGCCGUCAAGGCAUUUCGGUUGACCCGCCUGAAUUGUUCAAGAAGAGGGCCCGUGCUCAAGGUCCAAAGACCGACCAGCCGCCGCAUAUCCGUGGGCAGUUGAGUAUUGGCAAGAAAUCAAUGAGUCGCGGAAACGAGACCCUAUGUCUACAGGAUCCGGCGGAUUUUAUGAACGAUCUGGGCAUAGAGUGUCUCGCCUUGGCGGAAUUACAGCAGGUGUUUAGUGCCGUGGGUACCGAUGUCCAUCGUAAACUAAAAGCGUGGAACGGAGAUGCGGAGACAGGUAUUGAGACGGCGCCUGCUGCUCCAGCUGCAGCCACAGAUUCAGAGACACCGAGCCUGCUGGGGUUUGCGCUCGGAUCGGAUUACUACCACCGUUUGGAGGAAUUGAGGGAUAAGGCUAUUUUUGAAUUUGAAUGA